CAAUGCCUGACAGAGACAAAGAGUGAAAAGUUCUGUCAUGCCGAGGACACGAUGGGGCUGACCUUGACGGGCACGUACAACACCAGACAGCUAGAGAUUGUCAUCAUCAACAGCAUCCUCGUUGUAUUGUCAGUUUCAGCUGUUUUUCUGAGAGUCUGGGCACGCAGAUUACAAGGCCUGAGACUGUUUAUAGAAGACUACCUGAGUAUUGUCGCUCUGGCCUUGGCUCUUGCAGUUAAUGCACUUCUCUUCCAGAGUCUUCACGCCGGGGUUGGGGAACAUGUCGAUACGCUUUCCGCUGCUACUGUUCAGGAAUAUUCCUUGAACCUCUAUAUGAUGCAGCUUUUCUGGAAUACAUGCCUUCCGGUCAUUAAGCUGUCUAUCGUCUUAUUCUACCAGCGCAUUUUUCCAGUCCCUUCCAUGAUAUUUGCGUGCCGCGCGGUCAUGUUGUUUUUGGCUGCGUGGUACGUUGCAUUUCAAACAACAGCCAUCUUCCAAUGUGUCCCAAUACAUCACGAGUGGCAGAAGAAGACCACUACUGGGCACUGCAUAGACUUUGUCCCUUUUGUGAUCACACUAGCUGCGACCAACUUGUGCACCGAUGUCCUUUUGUUGGUUUUGCCUACACGUGAGAUCUGGAAGCUCCAAAUCCCCUGGCCUAGGAAGAUCGGUUUGUCGAUUAUAUUUACUCUGGGUGUCAUUGUCUGCACCAUCUCGAUUGUCCGUCUCGAAAACCUGAUUGCAAUCAGUGAUUCAGAUAUCACUUGGUCAGAUACUUACUCCCACCUUUGGACUGCGAUCGAGAGCAGCCUCGGGGUGGUGGUAUCCUGCCUGCCAAGCUUGAUGCCAAUUGUGCGCCUAGUAAGGGACAGGAAAUUGCGGCGCAGCGGAAAAUCUUUUAGUCGUCCACAGGAUGGCUCAUCUUCCUACCCGAGUUACGUGCGACCGCCAUACGAGCUGUCAAAGCUGUCAAAUCAUGUUACCUCGGGAGGGAGUCGGACAAGACAUCGGUCGGGAAGUAGUCGCUCGGACUUAAUCCAGAAGGCUGUUGGGGAUAUUGAGAUCGUCACUGAGAUUAAUCAACAGGUGGAGUCGGCCAGUCAAUGUGGCUUCGAGACUUAGCCUACAUCUAGUGGCUCGAUCGGCCGCUUAACCCUUGCCAGCUCUUUUCAUGAGCCUUGGCCCCAAGCAUUUCUUAUUGAGGUUAUACACCAAAGGAACAUUCGCUCCGAAAUUUAAUAAGUCGGAAGAUUACUUUUGAAGCAUAGACAGUGGGUAUUGCAUAUCAAACGACGAUGAUGUUAUCAUUGUGUGUCACUUGGUCUUAUUCCCGUCCUAAAUACAUGGCCGACCGUGGCUGCAGUGUUCUCAUCGUCGCGGAGGAUGAUAGGCUGAUAUACGUACGCCGCUGAUGCAGUCCCUUGCUAGGAUAACUCUUAGCGGCAUCGCUAAUUCCUCUCCUGGUCUCGCCACGAGUCAGGGUCACCGGUACGCGUACCCCGCUUGACAAAAUAUGAUCGCUUGUG